GUGCCAACGGACCCGAAGGCUUCGACUCUUCAAGAGACCGACAUGACACUGUGCUGAUUGAUGUGAGAGCGCUUGCUCUCCUCUGUAACACAUGGGAUCACCCGAUACAGAGGCCACGAACGUGCAGAGUCACGAACAGGCCAAUCUGCACGACAAACGACACGCCGUGCAGAGCGACGACGGCGACCGUCCUCACAAGAUUCGCCGCUUAUCUGACCUUCGACACGCCUCUCCAGAUUCCUUUGUGGAAGACCUCACUCCUGAGAUCCCUCUUUCGAAGCUGCACCGUCAACUUCCAUCUCCGUCUGCCACAAAAACCGACGACGUGAGUGGAUGCAAUGAAGGUCUCUACAGGAGGAAAGAUGCUGACAAGGUGACGCAGUUACAUCGCGAAUCGUCUCCUGCCAACUCUCCCGUACCAGAACGAAAGACAAGGUCGCCGGAUAGGCAUACCGAGCGCCCAUCCGCAAAGAGAGCCUGCUCGCCUUUACAACCAUCGGACACCGGUGCUUUUGUGGAGAAGUGGUUAUCAAGCGUUCCACCUAGCGAGGAAUGCGAUAUCCAAGACGACAUGAGUCUGCCACCCUCGAAAAGAUCUCGGUCCUCGGAUUCGUUAAGCCGCCGUCCUUCGCAAUCCGGUGACGGCACGGAAUCCACGGUUUCAGCAGACAAGAAAUACUCGGCGUACAAAGAUGUGAACUACCCGGUGGUCUUGGAGACGAAAGGCAGUUUUAUGCGGCCCUCUGAUGCUGGUCUCGUGAAAGGAGACAAGACAUUGUGCGAGAAGCUUCUCUCCACGCACCAACCGCGUCCCGAUCAUUCGUUAUUUGAUGACCGGUUCGACAAAUUUCAGACCCUGAUUCGAGGCCGAUCCGAAGCUCGAGUCUAUCUCGAUCUGCAUCCCCUCCUCGUCCCAUCGGUUGAGAACCUGUCCAUCAGUGGUCGAGAAGAAUUUCGCGGUCUGAUCGAAGGUCACAAUGACCCCUGGGUCAAAGGAAUUUCGUUCUAUGGACCCCGACCGCAGCCGGACCGUACAUACGGAUUCAAAUGGUCCAACUUUACCGAAAUUCAGCGCCGGAAGCUCCGCAUCGAACCUUUGGAGAAGUCAUACUACACGGCGCGCGAGGACAUCUAUUUUCCCUUCCUGACUAGCGAGGUGAAGUGUGGGAAGCAGGGGCUUGACUUAGCAGAUCUACCGAAUGCUCAUAGCAUGACCGUUGCCCUGAGGGGAAUUGUGGACGUCUUUCGCAGGGCCAACUGUGCCUCGGAGGUGCACAGGAGGGCAUUGGGAUAUUCCAUUUCACAUGACGACCGGAGCGUGCGCAUCUAUGCUCAUUAUCCUGAGGUGCAGGGUGAGAACACGUUGUACUAUCGCGAGACAAUCAAAGAACUCAACGUUGGAGACAAAUCGGGCGAAUACAGAUGGAUCAGUUACCAGUUUACUCUCAACGUUUGCCAAAUCUUUGCUCCGGCUCUGCUCAAGCGACUCACCGCCGUGAUUGAUGAGCUGCCUGAUCCGCUUACAAGGACACUCGAACCGGCCAACAUCGACGACCUCAGCGUACAAAGCUCGCAGGAUGACAGCAGUGCGCCCGAAUCCCAGGAUGAAGGGUUCCGCAAACCGCAGCGAGGGAGGGGCUUGAAUGCCGAGUUUCGAACCAUGAUUCAGAACCUGCAACGGCAGCUGGAGCAACAGCGGAAAGAUUUUGAGCAACAACGGAAAGACUCCGAACAACAACGAAAGGAUGCAAAGGAUCGAGAGACCAUGUUGGUGACUCAGCUAGAACAGCAACGAAAAGACUCUGAGCAACAACGAAAAGACUCUGAGCAACAACGAAAAGAGCUUGUGCAAUUGCUCAAACAGCAGAGUGACCAGCUCAAACACCAGAGUGAACAGAUCACAGAGCUUUUGCACAAGCAGUGA